UGAGUUCAGCUCUCAGACACUCUACAGCCAUGUCUGGUCGCGGCAAGGGCGGGAAGGGCCUGGGCAAAGGCGGCGCCAAGCGCCACCGCAAGGUGCUGCGCGACAACAUCCAGGGCAUCACCAAGCCCGCCAUCCGCCGCCUGGCCCGGCGCGGAGGCGUGAAGCGCAUCUCCGGCCUCAUCUACGAGGAGACCCGCGGGGUGCUGAAGGUGUUCCUGGAGAACGUGAUCCGCGACGCCGUCACCUACACGGAGCACGCCAAGCGCAAGACGGUCACCGCCAUGGACGUGGUCUACGCGCUCAAGCGCCAGGGCCGCACGCUCUACGGCUUCGGCGGCUGAGCUGCCCCCGAGCCCCAUCUCGCCAAACCCAAAGGCCCUUUUUAGGGCCACCCACCUUGUCAUAUGAAGAGCUUGCAACAUUUCUCAUUUCGUUUAUCAUACGCUCUAAACUCUGGUUCCUGUGCGGACGUUAAAGAUGGCGGCAGAGGUGAGCCAAGGUACCCUUCCCCCUGCAUCCUUGGUUAGGGCCUGCUUCCCCUUUGGGUGCUGCAGCUCAAGACAGCCAGGUCUGCCUCAAACCUCAGUAAUAUCAAGUGCCAGUAUUAGACUUUGACCGGCCUGUGACCAACGCUUUCCCUCUACAUUGCAAUUCGACAUUCUGUGUUCUUUCCGGGUUCUAUUGAGUAAUCAUCAAGAUGGGUUGUUUGUUGCAUUAAACAGCCGCUGGUCCUCCGAUUAAUCUCUCCACAAAGUGAAGGACAUGCAUGGGUGUUCCCCAAAUGCUUUUCGCCCUUUUAAUGGAUGUCUUAAAUAGUACCUGUGUUCUAAGCGCCUUAUAAUCAGACUUCCGCUGCAACAUUUUCCUAAACAACUUGGGAUUUUUUUUUCUUUCAUCUCUUGUGCGAAAAUAAGAUUCUCUUAACUGACGAUCCCUGUAUCCGAAGAAUAGACAUGGAGUCCUGUGUUUCACCUGACAUCUGUCUGGCCUCCACAGCUUCAUUACUAACCCUGACUGGACUGAAUGACACAUUUCUUCUUUCAAAUAAAAUUUCCCAGCUGUA